CCGCCGCUGAAAAUUUCCCGGCCGUUUUAAAACAGCACGUUUCCCUUUCUGGCUUGCGAACAGCGCGCGCCUCUUUGUUCGGCGUUGCUUUCUUUUCCCUUCUUUUCGUCAUUUUUCGGGGAAAUCCACGAAUACAAAACAAAAAUAGACAACUGCACAUAGACAUUUAUUAGUCACCAACAAUGUUACUCGAGCCAAAAGACUUCCCGCAGAUGUGGCAGAAACCGUCAAGUGAUGACAUACUCGACACACUGAAGCAACUGGAACUCAGCCCCCCGAUCUGGAGUCACAACCGCAGAAGAUCAGACAUUAUCCAUGAGCAGGAGGCAACGGCCUAUUUCCGACGCGAAGUAUCACUGUACCUAUCGUCCAUCAUCAAGAGCGGUCUCUCCUGGAUCAAAAAUGACGAUGAGAAGGAGGAGAUCUGGUCGGAAGCCAGCCGCAGAAUGGCCGAGCGUUGUGGAAGAACAGCCAUGGGCGAAAUUACUCGGCGAUGGCCCUUCCGGGAAGAUGCUCUCACACCGACGUUCGAACUCAUCAUCCGUGAGCCACCCCUGACCGGUGACUCGCUCGGCCUCAAGACAUGGGCCUCCUCGUACGUCUUGGCCCAAAGCCUGCCGUCUAUCGGCUCGACUGCCCUCUUCCGUCUCUUCGACGAGUCACUUGGCCAGCCACGGCCGUCCGUAUUGGAGUUGGGCUCCGGCACGGGCCUGCUCGGACUCGCGGCGGCGGCGCUCUGGAAGGCCCACGUUGUCUUAAGUGACUUGCCAGAUAUUAUGUCGAAUUUACGGCACAAUAUUGAAACCAACCGGGCUACCGUGGAGAAGCUCGGGGGGUCACUGGACGCGGGAGCCCUCACCUGGGGUGGCUCGGGUGCAGACGAAGUUGACUCAGACUUAUUUGACAAGAAGAACCAGUUCAAGGUCGUCCUCGCCGCUGAUUCUCUCUACGAUGACUGUCACCCAGGCCUCUUAGCCGGUGCUUUUUCCGAACAGCUGUCGACUGAAGACGACGCGCGUGCAAUUGUAAUGGUCCCUUUGCGAGACGAAACGACGAAACAGCUAUUGAAAUCAUUCAGAGAUGCCAUGGGAAGCCAAGAGAUGCCUCUGACCUGCGUCGAGGAGGGAACUCUCGAUGGUCAAGACGAUUGGGGCGGGCCUGAAGAGGUCAUCAAUGUGACAUGCUGGUGGGGCAUAUUUGCGCGCAAGCACGAAGCAUAGCAACUAGCAAGCAUACCUAUGUAGGUUGCGGAUGCUUGUUCGUAAAAUGAGAAACUCGGGAUGCCUUUAGACAGUAGAUGGAAGGAAAGACAGCAUGGCUGGCAAACACGCCUAUCUAUAAUCCUAGAUUAGAGCAUGGCUCACCGCCGUAGUAAACGGGCAGAUGGCCGAAUUGGUAGAUAACCUCCUCAUCUUUCGUCUGUACUCCCGUGUCUUGAGCCUUCCUUUAUGGAGAGGCAG